AUGGGGCGAGACGUAGCCCAAAACCGCUACGUUGGCAACGCUGCACGUAGCAUUGAUCUGCAGAGCGAAGGAAUUCAGGAUUUCAGGAAUUCAGGAUUUCGGGAAUUCAGGAUUUUAGGAAUUCAGGAAAUCAGGUAUUCAGGAUUUUGGGAAUUCAGGAUUUCGGGAAUUCAGGAUUUCAGGAAUUCAGGAUUUCGGGAUUUCAGGAAUUCAGGAAUUCGGGAAUUCAGGGAUUCAGGAUUUCAACAUUUCAGGAAUUCAGGAAACCAGCUACAACACUCUCGAGAACCAAAAGCACCGGUACCAUCAAAGAAGAACGCAAACUCACCUCAACAUUACAUUGGCCCCAGUCUAAGUGGGAUAAAACUCCCCACUACAUUACACUGGUGCCAUCAGCUGGAAUAUCUCCCUGCUUCGUUAGACAGGCGGCAGACUAGUGGGAUGACCUUCCUGCUAUACAUUACACUGGCAGACGCGUGGGAUACACUUUUUACACAUUAUGACACUGGGGCCCUCCAGCGUUUCGUGAACCUCAAGAGCUUGAACCCCCGCGUGAAGGUUCUGAUAGCGAUCGGGGGUUGGACUGAAGGUUCAACCAAGUACUCUGCAAUGGCAAUGACUAGGGCCUCGAGAAAGAAGUUCAUUGAUUCUGCAAUUGCUUUCAUCCAACACCACCGCCUCGACGGGCUGGACCUCGACUGGGAGUACCCUGCCAAUCGAGGAGGAGCCCCUGAGGACAGGGAGAACUUCGUCUAUCUGGUUAAGGAGCUCCGCGAAGCCUUCCGCCCCUACGGCUGGAUGCUGACCGCCGCCGUGGCCGCAGGAAAAUCGACCAUCGACACAGCCUACGACAUCGACGACCUGGCCAGAAACCUGGACUUCCUGCACAUCAUGGCCUACGACUACCACGGCAAAUGGGACGGUCGCACGGGCCACAACGCGCCCUUGUACUCGAGGGAGGACGAGCCGGAGGAGGAGAAGAUGCUGAAUGUGGCCUCCACCCUCAAGGUCUACCUCGACGAAGGAGCACCUCCCGAGAAGCUGGUCCUCGGCGUGGGAUUCUACGGCAGGACCUUCAACCUGCAGGAUCCCCAGGACAACGGCAUAGCGGCGCCCACCCUCACCACCGCCCUCGCCGGCCCCUACACCAAGGAAGAGGGAUUUAUGGGAUAUAACGAGAUCUGCGAGAAACAGACCACGGAGAAGGGCCUCUGGACGCUCGUGUGGCAGAAAACCCACCAGGUGCCAUAUAUGAUCCGCGACAACAUGUGGAUUGGCUUCGACGACCCGAUUUCCAUCAGCCUCAAGGUCGCCUACGCCCAGAAGCUCGGUUUGGGCGGCGUCAUGGCCUGGGCGAUCGACACGGAUGACUUCAAGGGCGUCUGUUCGGAUAACAGGAUGAAGUACCCCCUCCUCCGAGCCAUCAACAAGGCCCUCACAGCGAACAUGGAGAACAGGCCUAGCAAGACAUCUAGGCCUAUCAAACCCAGUCUGGAUGACGAUGACUUUGAUGACAAGUUUGAUGACACCAACACCUUGGACAGCCGGGAACAUGACUCUGGAAGACCAUCCCGUGUCGGAGGCCGCGGAGGUUCUUCUGUUGCAACACCUGCAGCUACUGUUGUGUUGGCACUCCUGCUCACUUCUUUGGCUGCUCGCUAAAGAGGUCUGCGGUUGGCACUCCUGCUUCUAUAACGUCCCUUUCGCAACGUCCCAAAGGCCUUCCGAAAAUUCACUUUCUCAGAGUUUUUCGAGAUUUUUUUCCUUUUCCUUUUUUUUUCAGCUAUUUCGGUCCUUAGAGAAUUACUGAGAUUCUUUUCUCUUUCCGUUGAUGGACAGGCACGUUCGGUUUCAAAUUCCUUAUGUGUUCUUCAUUUUCUCUUUCUUUUUUUUAAACUUGAGAAAAAAAAAUUAGAUAAUAGCAUUUAGUAAAUUCUUCCAUUUUAUGCCAUGCUUUUCAAAUCUCACUGGAGUUGCCAGCUACACUUUGUAUAUUCUUAUUUGGUGCACUAAACCUUAAGGUAUGAAUGCAUUCUAUAAUAUUACAACUUUUUUUCAACUAUAAUAGAACUAUUAGUUUAACUGUGAUUUUAGAGUUUAUGACGUACUGUAAUUAGAUUAAAUAUCCAGUCAUAUCUGUACGGUGAUUGGCCGAUAUCUUAACGGCAAAAAUUACGGAGGAACCAAUCAGAGAGGAGAGAGAGUCAGCUGAUGUUUCCUAUUGGCUGAUUUUAAUGUUAGGGGGCGGAGCCAAGAAAACUAAACUAAAAAAAAAGAAAAAAAAUCCUGUAUAGUUUUUCUUGGGUGAAAAUGACAAUUUUUUUUUUAGGCAAAAUACAUGGCAAAUUUAUAUUUUUGGUUGUCGGUGGAAGCAAAAUCGAUUCAAAUUUGAUUGGAUUUUCUUAUGAUAAGAGGUUAGAUUUUUUCACUGGACUGUAAAUAUAAAUAAAAUUAUAAUAUUACUCA